AUGUUCAAUUUCAUGGCGAAGAUGCUUCCUCAUCUGAGGUAUUCAGUGAAUAGAUAUUCCCCGAUUCAGAGGUUCUACUUUCUUCACUUCGCCCCACUUUCCUCAUCAUCAAAAGCAGUGAAAUCCAACUCAGAAAAUGCAAAGAAUGGCGACUCAUUCACAGUUUCUUAUCUCGUAAACAAAUGUAGGUUUACCCCGGAGAGGGCUCUCUCAGCUUCCAAUUAUAUGAAGAUUGAAGAGGCUGGUAAACCAGAUGCUGUGCUUUUGUUCUUGAAAAAUCAAGGUUUUACAAAAUCCCAGAUCUCAAAUAUUGUCAAGAGGUUCCCUCCUGUCCUCGUAUGUGAUCCCCAGAAGACCCUUUUGCCCAAGAUUGAAUUUUUCAAGUCCUCUGGUUUCACACUGGAACAGUUGACUGCAAUUCUAAAUGGCUCACCCAGCACCUUCAAAAGAAGUUUGGAGAAUCAAGUGGUACCUACUUUUAAUUUCCUGAAUAAUUUUAUUGGUUCAACAGAGAAAAUUGUAAAUGUUGCCAGGAGGUGUACUCACAUUUUUGGUGUUGAUGUUGAAGCAUCUAUAGGGCCAAAUAUUCAGCUUUUGAAAGAUGUAGGAGUGCCCGAGUCGAAAAUUAUAAAAUUAUUGAUACAUCAGCCCAGGGCAUUUGUUAUAGAUAAAGAAAAAUUUAGGGAUAUUGUGGAGGAAGUCCAAGGAAUGGGGUUUAACCCAUUGAGAUACAAGUUUCUUCUAGCAGUUCAUGCCUUCAGGGCAAUGAGCAAAGAGACUUGGGAAAAGAAGAUGGAGGCUUAUAAGAAGUGUGGAUUUUCUGAGGCUGAAAUAUUCAAAGCUUUUGAAAAGAACCCUUGGUGUAUAAUGGUUUCUACAGGGAAGAUUCUUGCAAUGAUUGAUCUUCUUUUCAACAAAAUGGGUUUUGAAAGAUCUGUGUUCCUGAAUAGGCCAGUGAUCAUUUCACUUAGCUUGGAGAAAAGGGUUAUUCCUAGAUGCUUGGUUUAUCAAGAUCUGCUAGCAAAAGGUUUGAUUAAUGAGGGUUUCAGGCUAGCUAAUAUGCUCGAGGCUUCUGAAAAGAAGUUUCUGGAGAAAUAUAUAGCAUGUCAUGAAAAAGAAGCUCCUCAUCUAUUGAAGUUGUAUACAGAAAAAUUGGCUCUUCUCCAUUGA